UGUGUUGUGGACGCAAUCCAAUGCCUAUAUUUAUCAGGAAGGGAAGCCUAUUUGGUUACGGACACACUCUUAAAAUUAGCAGGUUCUAAGGUGGUCAGCUGAUGCGACUACAGAUUUUGAGGGAAUAUGUGCACCAUUUGAAGGCAAACUCGCCUUAACGACUCCUGGUUUAGUUCAGUCAAACACUCAGAAUGGCCGAAAAUGAUGUCCCGGACAACGACGGUGACUGGAUGACGGUGGGAGCGCGUCCGCGCAGGAACGCCACCCAGCACCCCAAGCCCGUGCCGGACUCGACAGCGGAGGACACCGCCGCCCGAAAGAAGCGCGCCACUAAGGACGAGCCGGGCCCGCCCAAGCGAGCCGAGCGCAAGGACCCGGACUGGCACCUCGUGAUGCGCUCCCGCCAGGCGCUCACCAUGCUGCGAGACGAGGACUUCGCGCUGACCCGGCUGGGCCAGAUCCACACUCCCGAGCCGCGCAAGCCGGAAUCGCGGCCCGCCAACCGGUCGCGGUUGGGCGCCAAGUUCCCCAUGAGCAUGGCAUCGGACCGGCCGAACCGGCCGGUGGCCGUGCUGCGGCGCGGCGCGCGGCUCACCAUGCCGAAGUUCGACCUGCCGCUCGGCUCGGAGGCAGACUUCCCGAGCCUGCGGGCCGACGACGGCGACGCCUGCAGCCGGCCGAAGCGUGAGGCGACGAGGAAGUCGGAACGGCGCGACCUAGUCCGCGAGGAUAUCCGCGAGGACGUGGCCAUGCUGAAGACACCGGCGGCCGCCGACGGGGCCAAGGCCGAGACGGACGAGGCAUCAGCCCGCAAGAAGGAGAAGCGGGCGUUGAAGAAGGCCAAGAAGAAAGAAAGCCAGCUGAUCCUGGCGCGGAUGAACGCCAGCAAAGACACGCAUGUGCAGCUGUAUCCCAGCCUGGAGGAGACGACGGCGCCGGUGCGCGCGCCGGACGAGCCUGGUGAAGGUGCGUCGCCGCCGUCGCCGCCGCCCGUCAGGCGCCAGCAAAGCGCGCCCAAGUCCUACAGCAGGAUGCUGCGGGAGCUGCCCAAGAAGCUGCCGGCACCCGGUGAGGACAGCAUCGAGGUGCUGGUGGUGGAGACGAAGAAGAAGAACCCGAAGAAGCGCACACCGAUUGAGAUGAGUCUCAUGGAUCUGGCGGAUCGCACGCUGACGCGGCCCGGCGCCAACCGGCUCGACUCCACCGUGCUUGUGCGCCACCGCGGCAAGGAGCGGCUCGUGCCCAAGAAGAAGAAGCCGUCGCUGUUGAAGCGGGUCAUCCUGCGCGAGCGGGCCGAACGGCGGCGCCGCCGCGCCGGCCCGGCGGCCGAGGCUGGCGGCGACGAGCCCGACGCCGUCGCGCCGGUCGAGCAGCCGACGCCGGCGGGAGCUGACCAGCAGAGUGUUCUGUUGGCGGCCCUGCAGGGAAUCCCGGCGCCGGAGCCGCGGCCUGCUCACUCUCAGCUGGCUACACUGGCUAAGGCUCAGCCCGGGCUCACUCCAGCGGCGGCCGAACUAGCUACCGUAGCAACUCCCAAGUCAGUUACCACAGCAACAGCCCAGCCGGUGACUGCAACGCAUCAGGCCAAUGCGGCAACAGUGCAGCCGUUUGCUCCUGCCAAAGUACAGCCUGUGACCCCAGUUCAGCAGGGCGACCCAGCAGCGGCACAGCAGUGUGCAUCACCAGCAGCGCAAGCGGUUGUCACAGAGCGGCAGUCGACCCCAGCGAACGUCCAGCCGGCCAGCGCAGCCAGGCAGGAGCGGCCAACCCCCGUGGAGGACCAACAGCCUAUUACCAGGACUAAUUUAUCAGAGCCGCCGGCGGCGGACGUCGACAGUGACGAGGAGGCGCCGCCGAGCCGCGGUCCCAGCUACGAGCCGACCCUCAGCGUCGACCCCAAACUGCUCAUCCACAGCCGCAAGUUCAGGGAAUACUGUCAGCAGACCCUGAGUCCCGAGAUUGACGACACGGCCCGGCUGCUGCUGCAGGACCUCACCCGAUUCCAGGACCGGCUCUACAGCCGCGACCCCAUCAAGGCCAGGUCGCGUCGGCGGCUCGUCUAUGGCCUGCGCGAGGUCUCCAAGCAUCUGGCGAUAAAGAAGUUGGCCUGCGUCAUUCUGGCCCCGAACAUCGAGAAAAUCGAAAACGAAGGCGGUCUGGACCAGGCGGUGCAGAGCCUGCUGACACGGGCCUCGGAGCGCGAGGUGCCACUCGUUUGCGCCCUCAAGCGGCGCGCUCUCGGACACGCCUGCAAGAAGCCGGUGCCGGUCAGCUGCGUGGGCAUCUUCAACUACCAGGGCAGUGAGGACAACUUCAAGCGGCUGAUGCAGCUGACUGAGGCGGCGCAGGAACGGUACCGCACCAUGGUGCGCGAGGUGGAGCAGGCGCUGCGGCCUCAGCCGGUCGAGUCGGCCUCUAGUCAGCUGCUGGGCGUGUUCGACCGCAUCAGCCGCCAGCAGCCGGCCGAGCCGCCCAGCGCCGAGCCGCUGGACGACCCGACGCACACGCUGCUGGCCAAGCUGCGUGCCGUCGCGCUCGACAGCCCGCCCCAGGUCAGCGGCUGACGGCCGACGGUCGGCAUAGGAUGUGAUCCGGGCUGGCAGGAGCGGCCGGUGUCGGCCAGGGGGCGGCCGAAGCAUUUACCUACAUGUAGUCAUGUUUAAUCAGGCACAUUGUGCAACAUUUCCUCAGCGUUUGUAAACCGCGCCAUAGUCUGUGAUGGCGUUUGGCUGGGACAUGUGAGCAGUGUGACAUGGGCGUCCAACUAUGUGAUAGAAACGGUGCACACUGCAAGUCACUGGCAGGUGGGCGCGGGUAGUCUGGCUGCUGGUGGUACAGAUUACGCGUAACAUAUUUUAUGAAUGUUGCGGGAGCGUCGGUGGUGACUGGAAUAUCACGUGCAUUGUGAGUGGCAGGCUUUCUUUCCGUUCAUUGCUGCCAAACUACGGCAGAGUACCGCGCUGCGCCCCCUGACGUGUGUGAUGAUGACUCACUGAUCUCCGCAUCUGGCCAGCGAAGGGACAUCACGGCCGAAAUCAAUGUUACUUGGACAGGAUGAAUCAAGCGGAGUGAGUGGCG